CACAAUACCAUCGAGAUUGUACGGUGGUGGAAGCGUACCCGACCAUAUGCUAUCGGUGGUACACAAUGUCUGCUAUAUUGAUCUCUAUCAUAAUGUCAGUAUAACAUGGAUAAUAGAUCAGCGGCUAGGUACCCACAUUGACCUGUGACAUCAGUUUACACUCGACAGUCAUUUUGAGGGGGUGUGCAUAAUAGCACAUGCAUGUGCUUCAGUGUGAGUAGACGGAAACAAACGUUGCCCACGAUCCGCCAUAUUGUCCAUCAUGCCGCUGAAAACCACUGUAAUCGGUAGUUAUCCGAAACCAGACUACCUUGCUGUACCCAGCUGGUUUGAGACCAACGAUCACACUGACAUGUUGUCUAGACAUGGAAAGUUCCUCAGUGAAAAGAAAGCGACACCGGAGUUCUCCGACCAGUUCGAGAGAGCAGUGAAGGAGGUUCUUAGUGAACAGGCCGAGCUUGGUAUUGAUGUCGUCACAGAUGGCGAGCUGGACAGGGAGAGUUACGUCUGGUAUUUGUGCCGAAACAUGAAGGGAUUCAGUUUCGAGAAUUUAGAAGUGUGUACCUAUCGCGAUGGUGCCUGUACCAGUGUGCUUCCACAAGUCGUCGGACAAAUAGGUGCAGGACGUGCAUGCGAUGCGAUCAUAAAGCAAUGGACCUUUGCCCAGGCGAAUUCGUCUAUGCCAGUGAAGGCGACUAUACCUGGACCGCUUACAAUCAUGGACUCGACAAAAAACAAGUUCUACUCAGACGAAAAACAGCUCAGCCGCGACCUCGUCGUUGUCAUUAACAAGAUUUUCACUGGCCUUGUCGAAGCUGGAUGCAGACAUAUUCAACUUGACGAACCCUUGUUCGUGCGUGAGGUUGAGAGGUGUCUUGACUUUGGGAUCGAUCACGCCUCCCGAUGCAUCGAAGGCUUAGGGAACGAGGUUACCAAGACGAUCCAUCUAUGUUGUGGCUAUCCUAACUAUCUAGACCAAACAGAUUACCACAAAGCUGAUCCGCAAGGGUACUUUCACAUCGCAGACAAAAUCGACCAGGCGGGGUUUGAUGAAAUUUCUAUCGAAGACACUCACCGAAGAAACGACCUUUCCCUAUUGGCCCACUUCAAAAGGUCAAAGGUCAUUCUGGGCUCCGUCACGAUCGCAAGCAGCAAAGUGGAACCGGUCACCGAGAUACGGGACAGGCUGAAGAGCGCCCUCAACUACAUCCCGAGCGAUCGACUUGGGGUGGCGCCAGACUGCGGGUUGGGAUUCUUGCCUCGAGAAAUCAUGAGACAGAAGCUGAAGAACAUGGCUGAAGCCGCCAAAUCACUGCCAUAAAAUAUCCAAUUCAUAUUUUUGCAUACCUCAUUGACCGUUUAGGGCGUCUUUUUAUGGAAUGCAAACACUAAAAUAAAUGUAAAGGUUACGGUUGUAAAAUGUAUUCAUAUAAAUGUUAUUUGCUGGUCACCCAUAUACAAUGUGCAUCUUUGUACAAACAAAGCUCUACCUCAGAAAAAACUCAGAUGAAUUUGUUUAACGUAUACAUACCAAAUUUAUUUCUUAAAUCAAAAAAAGGAUUUUUAUCGUGCAGCUGACCGAAAUCGAGAGUGCUUUUUAAAAAAUUCCCUUGGUGAAAGUUUUUUUUUACUCAAAUUGUAUCUCCAGCCCUGAUCCAGCCAUUUUCUCUCGAAAGAUUUUGUCGAAGGUCUCACUUUGUGCGACGGUGAACUUUGUCUUCCAGUCGCCAACGAUUCCUAAGGAUGCAGGAAAAGGAAGAGGAAAUUAACACAAUUCUUGACGUUAUUCAAUUUCAAGAUUCUAGAAACAAAUAAUUGUAGUAUGCACACGUGACAUUCAUUAUAAUUGUAAUGAUUUUUGUGGUCAUUUUAAUGUGAAACAAAAUCCUAUAUAUUAAAAGAUCCUACGCUAUA